AUGAGGUUUACGUGUGCAUUAGUGAUUGUGUUCGCUAUUGCGGCCGCCGCGGCCGACGAGGACGACAGCAGCGGCGUCAGGAUUGCCCUGAAGAUCUACGACGACUGCAGCAAGUCGGAGGGCUUCUCGCCCUGCCUCAAGAAGAAGGCCGUGACGGCGCUGGAUCGUCUGGCGCGUGCCGACAAGCUGAACGUAGCAGACGGUGUCACGAUCGUUAAGUCGCAGGAUGUAACGUCGCAGGACACGGUGCUUACGGAGGAACAGCUGGAGGCGUCCCUUCCGAGAGCGUUGGACGCCAAGGAGGACGCCCUCAACGAUCUGAUCAUCGACAAGGUCACCAAGUUCGUCAGCUCCAGAUCCAUUGAGGUCACCCUGCCCAAAAUCAGUCCGGAGGAGCUUUUGGAAGAAGGUCGUGGUAAGAAGAUGAAGGGCAUGAUGGGGGGCAUGAUGAUGGGAGUGGCGGCCAAAAUGGCCGCCAUGGUACCCAUCGCCAUAGCGGGACUCUUCCUGUUGGCGGGCAAGGCCCUAAUCACGGCCAAAAUAGCCCUGCUGCUCUCGGGAAUCAUCGCCCUCAAGAAGCUGUUCUCGCAGAAGGGCGGCGGAGGCGGCGGCGGCGGCGGCCACAGCGGCGGUUGGCAGUCGGGAGGCGGCGGAGGCGGGUGGCAGUCGAGCGGCGGCGGCGGCGGUUGGGACAAGCGUUCCCUGAACGCUCAAAACCUCGUCUACAAGGCCUACCUGCCCAAAUAGAGGGUGGCGACGUUUUAGUCGCCCCCCCCCCCCCCACCUUGUACAAAUCCUUCACCCCGGUGUGACCUCCGUGACUGCUAUUUAUUGUAUUUAAUUAUUUAUUUGUACCAAAACAGUAUUCUGUAACUUUUCCACUGCGAAUAAACUAAAAUAAAACAAAA